GCACCACCUGUCGCGGGGUGCGCGGGCGGGGAGCGCGGCUGGGGGCCAUGGCCUGGUAGUGUCCCCUGGGGAGACGCUGCGGAGUUCAGUCAGGGGCAGGGCCCGGCGAGGGAGGCAAGGUCCUUCCCUCGGGGACGGAGAGGCCUGCAGCAGCAUGAAGAAGAACCAGACGAUGCAGGGCACCUUCAGCAAACUCUUCGGGAAGAAGCAUACCAGCUCUGCCACCACGUCCCUCUACGCCACCAACCCGCCCUGGAUUUUCACCCGAGAGACCCAGGAAGAGGGAACCCGGGGUUUUGAUGGGAUCUAUUAUGGAGACAGUCGGUUCGACACUGUGAGCGAAUCUGGAACAGCCACGCUGAAAGCCCGGCCGCGGGUCCGGCCCCUGCUGACCUUCCUUCCCUUGAAUGCCCAGGAGAACCAUGGGCUGGCUGUCCCCACCCCCUCUGUCCCAGAAGACUUUGCAGACAAAGAAGUGGGAGGCUCACUAGUCAACGGCAACCUCCGACUGUACAGCUCUGUGGGCGACCUGAGGCCGGCACACUAUGACCUCGACUCGUCCAUCCCCCCACCUCCUCCAGGCCCAGCCCCGGGGCCACCCCAGGAGAGUCCACCAGCUCCAGGGGAGUCCCCUCCACCACCACCUCCUUCUGUCCCUCCCCCUCCCCCUCCCUUGCUGGUGGAGCCUCCACCCCCACCCAACACAGCCCCACCUCCACCCCCAGUGUUGGACACCUCGUCUGCCGUCUCCCCGCCAUCGACACCUACCCCUCCAGACUUCAUCCCCCCUGCCCCACCAUCAGCCUUUCUAACCCUCCCUACACCUUCGUCAGCCCCCGGGCCCCCAACUCCAGUCUCUCCUCACGCAGCGGGAACACGUCUCUUACCCGCUGGGGGUAUUAUCAAGUGGAAAUCGGAAGCAGCACUCAAUGGCAGGCAGCCAGACGACCCCAGAACCAGCCCCCCCAAAAGCCCUGCUGAACUAAAGGGGAGCCCCCUAGGGCCUAGCCCUGAAUCCCACCUGACCUUCCCCAGGUCAUUCAAGGUGCCUCCCCCAACUCCAGUCAGGACCUCCUCUAUCCCAGUUCUGGAAGCACCAGAGGCUUCCGCAGAGGAGGAGGACGCCAGCCAGAAGGCCUCUACCCACCUCCCUUCCAGCUUCAACAUCCGCCCUGCAUCUCAAGUUUACCCAGACAGGGCCCCAGAGCCGGAGCACCAGAGAGAGCCCAGGCUUGAGACACCAGGCAGCCCAAGGCUCAGGCAGUCUGAACCCCAGACAAAUGGACAAGCUGGGGUCCCACCCCCAGCCCCUCCCUUGCCUCCACCUGCUCCCCCACUUCCGCCACCAGCGCCCUCCCUGCCCCCAGCUGCUCCUCCUUUGCCCUCUAUCAAGCAGGCAGUCUCUUCAUCUUCUGGAUUUACCAAGACCCCCAAAUCCAGCUCGCCUACUCUCAACUCCAAACCCAACCCGCCCACCCUGGAGGACACAGCCUCAUCAGAACCCGUUGACUGGAGGGACCCCCGGCAGAUGGAAAUGCUUCGAAGUGAGCUGGCAGCCUAUCUCUGUGGGUCCCGGAAAGAGGACCGCUCACUCGGCCACAGGCCGGCCCCUACGGUGGCCUUGAAGGACAAGGAGAGCAAGAAGGGCCCCAGCCUAACAGAGGAGACAGCUCCUCCAAGCCUGCCUGAGAAGACACACCCCUGUGGUUCUGAGAAGAAUCCCUCCAGCAGCUGCCUGACAGAGAGAGAAGCCACCAGCAGCCUGACCCUACCCCCUGUGGACUACAUCCCCCAGGAUACCCCAGCCCCCAGUGUCAGGCAGAUCCGGAAUGAGCUAGAGGCUCGGUUUGCCUCCUCAUCGGAGAAAGAAGCCAAGCCCAGCAUAGCAUCUCUGCCUCCCAAGCCCAGGUGGGAAGGGGGAAGAAUCUUUGAAAACGGGACUGAUGAUGGUGGAUUCCAUAAGCCUGUCACCAAGAAUCCACCCCAGAUGUCUGCCACCUCUCUGCCUGCCACACCACUCCAGCCCAAGAUUACACCUGGGCCAGCAGCACCACCCAAGGCCACACCUAAGCCAGCCUUACCACUCAAGCCCACUCCUGAGCAGAUCACACCUCCCAAAGAUCCACCUGGGAAGGCCACACCACCCAAGGACACACCUGGGAAGGCCACACCACCCAAGGACACACCUGGGAAGGCCACACCACCCAAGGACACACCUGGGAAGGCCACACCACCCAAGAAGGACACACCUGGGAAGGCCACACCACCCAAGGACACACCUGGGAAGGCCACACCACCCAAGGACACACCUGAGUUGUCCAUCCUGUCAUCUCAGCUGAUGACUGAGAAGGACCUUGUCCCAGUGAGGCAGAGAGAAAUGCCAGAAUCUCAAGAAAAUGCAGUGGCCACCCAACUGUCCACAAAUGGAGCCCUCUCCCCUCCAGCCUUCCCACCAAAGAUGUCCCCUGUUGGAGAGGAGGUACCAUUUCUCUACAGACCCCAUCGCAGCCACAACACCCACAGCCGAGAGGUUGCUGUGGUGAUUCCCACUCGGGCCAGAGGGGAGGCCACAGGCUCAGGGGGGCUGGCGGAUGAAAAGGAGCCCCAAAGCCAUCCAGCCAAACCUCUUACCCCGGUCCAGCCUGCUGACCAACCCCUCAUACACCCAGUGACGGGGGAGGUCGUGGAGCGGGGCUCCCCGAUGGCUCUGCUCCUUGCAGCCAGACAGAGAGCACAGAAGACCAGGCCUGGAGGGACUGCGAUGGGUCUGGGAAGGUCCUCUCUGCCAGGGAGUCUCCGUGACCAUAGCAACCAAACAGAGACCAGCUCCGACAGCAUCUUUUACAGAGGUAGCCGGCCCAACUCCUUCCUUGUGGUCCCUAAGACACCCAGUGAGACAGAGGACUCCCAUCGGACUUCAACACGGCCCGCUGGACCCAGUCAGUGGAAGCCCCAGCAGGGACGAGACACACAGGGCCCAGAGCCAACCCACAGGCAUGGGUGGACCAAGGCCGAGUCCCCGGCCACUGCGGCCCGGGAAAGACCGGCUCCCUCAAGCCUGCCCCAAGGCCGUGCCCUCCCCAAAUCCUUCUCCUCUCCGCCCUCCCCUUCCUACGAGAGGGAAGAGGAAGAAGAGGAGUUCAGCUUUGAUAUCAUUCCGCCGCCACCGGAGUUCAGCAAUGACCCUGAGCCCCCCGCCCCUGAGCUGCAGCAUCCGGGCCGUCGCGGGUCCCCACCCAGGAACAACUUCUCGGACUUGGGACAGUCCCUGGACGCGGGCCCCGGGGCCAAUCCAGGUCGCGGCUUCUCGCGCUUUUCCGACGCUCAAUACCCCGGGCUCGGGGGCCUGGAUCGCUUCUCCGGCAGCGGACGCUCGCUCAUCAAAAAACGCCUGUACGUCGGGGAGUCCCACAGCAACCCCGGGACGCCCCGCGGCGCCUCUGGCCGCAGCAUGAGCUCCCCUAACUGCUUCGGGUCGCAGCCGGGAGGCCCCGAGAUGCGGCGGGUCAACUCUGCGGGCCGCGCCGCCCCCGGAGGCCUGAACGCACGGAGGCUGUCGCUGGAGGGCGCCCGAGGCGCAGCUGAGGUCACGUACAAGGUGCCCGGAGGAGGUGGUGGCAGCAAACCUGGCGACUAUGGCUUCCUGCCUGCUAAAGGGACCAGGUCUCCCCACCGCAACACCCACUACGGAAGCCCCAUCAACACGUUCACCGUGAGGCCAGGGACGCGCCAUCCCAUUUCCUACAACUACUCCGGGACUCAUCGGAAAGCCACACCCUGAGCUGUGGUUCACUCGUCUGACUUCUAGGGGUUGGAUUUGGGCAGUUGUUUUGUGGGGGGUGGGAGGCCACACCGGGUAUGAUAGGUCCCAGCACAGACACCACCGAGAGCCUUUGUUCUGGAAGACAGAAAGGCAGGCAGGUGGAUGUGUGCCUGACUAUCAGAGGCCCGUGGAAGAUGGAAGCAUGUCUGUUUCUGAAUGCACCAAGCUUGGCUAUGGAUUGAUGGUGGAUGGGAGUGGGAUGGGGAAGGAGGAGCUUUCUGGGCCUGGGCCUUUCUGGGCCCGGGCCCAGUGUCUACUAUCUGGUACUGUCUGCUUUAGCAAAGUUUAUUGAAACCAGUUUACACGCAGGUUCUAAAAGAAGGGCUGGGGGUGACAGUUUGCCUAUAGCACCUCCCAAAUGCGGGUAGUUGUCUUUAACGCCUGCCCGUUCCCCUGAGCAGGUGAUAGCUGGUCUUCCUAGGCACUUGGAGAUGAGAUCAAGACUGCACAACACGGGUCUCAGCAGCAGAGUCCUCGUGCUCUGGCCAGGACCAAGGGUAGGCUCCUUGUUCCUUGGCCUUGGCACUAGCCCAUAAGAAGGCCUUGAGAGAGUUUGGGAUGGAGGACGGAGGAUUAAGGCUCACUUUUCCAUCCAAGACCAUGAAGUCCUGAUUGCCGGGAGGGUUGGGCCCAAGAAGUGUGCUGUCAACAUGGAGAUGGGUCUUGGAAAGUCAAGGGUUGCAUGCUAAGGCUCGGUUUGGAGCAGGGGAGAUUUGUCAGUAGGGUGACCAUUUGUCCUCUGCCUGGGCAGUCCAGGGUUGCACCAGUGAAUAUAUUCUAACGUGUGUCCUGGUUUGUGCUAUGUCAAGUGUGUCAGGGACAAUAGUUCUUGGGGUGGGGACCAGCUGGAGUCCUAGGACCAGGUCAAGGCAGGUGAGAAGGGAAGGACAGAGGGGUGGCCCACCUCAGAUGGACAGGGAGCAGACCUGAGGAAGUGCCCUGUGGGUCUCUGUGAUCUGUGGCACCAGCUGAAGUACUAGGUGGUUGGGAACCACUUCAGGUGAAGAGAGUAGAGACGGCGGGUGACUUGGGUGGGGUGACAGAUCCACCGUGUUCAGGAAGCCAAGCCCAUCAACACAGCACUGGCCCGACUGUGCUUCCCUAAGCAGUGUUUUAUCAAAGAGUUUGCUAAUUCAACUGCUGCGUGAAGGCUUGAGGAGUGGGGCGUGGCCUCCUAGCUCGGGAGAGCUCUGGAGAGGAGUGGGGCGUGGCCUCCUAGCUCGGGAGAGCUCUGGAGAGGAGUGGGGCGUGGCCUCGUAGCUCGGGAGCGCUCUUGGGGUCAGUCUCACUUGGCAUGCGAAAUAAACAGCCAGUUUGGACUAGCCCCUGCCCUGCGGCUGUAGAUUGGUGACUUGGAGCUACCCAGACAUCAUGGAACUGUGGGACUGGGCAGAGCCAAACACAGCGUACCAGGCCCAGCGGGGAAGCCGGAUGAUAAACUGUUCUAAAGCAA